GCACAAGGGAGGGAAGGAGGCUGGGCAGGUGUUGCAAUCGGCAGCCCCUGGGCCUGUCAGAGACUGAGCCAUUAACGACAGGGCUGGGGAGAGAAGCCGGACUGCGGCUGUUUUCAGGAACUUGCCCUCCAGAGGAGCGCGGAGACCAAGGAGACCAGGCGGGCUCCCGCUACAGGCUCCAACAUGGGGAAACCAAGAUUCAGAAAGGUGCAGUAACUUCUCCACAGUCACAAAGCCGGUGAACACCAAACUGGCACGCUAUGGCAGGGCUAGGAACCUGGAGCCUGACCGUGGCUGCCCUGAUUGUCCUGCUGCUCCCUAGAAGCCUGGAGGAAUGUGGGCGCAUCAGCCUCCCCACCCCCACUGUCCACCUGGGGGAUCCCAUCACAGCCUCCUGCAUCAUCAGCCCGAACUGCAGCCACCUGGACCCUGAGUCACAGAUUCUGUGGAAACUGGGAACAGAGCUUCAACCUGGAAAGAGGCAGCGACGUCUGGCAGAUGGAAGGCAGGAAUCCACCAUCACCGUGCCCCGCCUCAACAGCCCCCGGGUCCUUCUCUCCUGCUGCGUGCGCUGGGGCACCAGCUUACAGAUCCUGGACCAGGCUGAGGUGCAGGCAGGCUACCCUCCCGCUGCUCCCCACGACCUGUCCUGUCUCAUGAACCUCACAACCAACAGCCUCAUCUGUCGGUGGGAACCAGGACCCAACACCCACCUGUCCACCCACUUCACACUCAAGAGCUUCAAGAGCCGGGGAAACUGUCAGACACAAGAGGACUCUAUCCUCGACUGCGUGCCUAACAAUGGGCAGAACCACUGCUCCAUCCCACGAAGACACCUCCUGUUGUACCAGAACAUGGGCAUCUGGGUGGAGGCUGAGAACGCCCUAGGGACCAACAAGUCCCCACAGCUGUGCCUCAUUCCCAUGGAUGUCGUGAAGUUGGAACCCCCGACACUGUGGGCCCUGGCCCCCAGCCCUGAGGUGGCCCCACCCCAGCCAGGCUGCUUGCUGUUACGCUGGGAGCCAUGGAAGCCGAGCCUGUACAUAGAACAGAAAUGUGAGCUGCGCCACCAGCCACAGCUUGGAGAAACCAGCUGGGUCCUGGUGGGCCCCCUGCUCUCCCAGACCCUCCAGUAUGAGCUCUGCGGGCUCCUCCCAUCCACAGCCUACGCCCUGCAGAUGCGCUGUACCCGCUGGCCCCUGCCUGGCCAAUGGAGCGACUGGAGCCCUAGCCUGAUGCUGACCACUGCGCAACAGGCCCCCAUCGUCAGACUGGACACAUGGUGGCGACAGAGGCCAUUGGACCCCAGGACGGUGGCCGUGCAGCUGUUCUGGAAGCCAAUGCCCUUGGACAAAUACAGCGGGCAGAUCCAAGGUUACCUGGUCAGAGCUCCGAACCAGACUGAGGCAGUCCCCCCACUCUGCAACACCACAGAGCUAAGCUGCACCUUCCACUUGCCCUCGGAAGCCCGGGCAGUGGUCCUUGUGGCCUAUAACACAGCCGGGACCUCUAAUCCCAGCCCAGUGGUCUUCCUGGAGAGCACAGGCCCACCCCUGGUCAGACUCCACACCGAGGCUCGAGAUCCCCACAGCCUCUGGGUGGGCUGGGAGCCGCCCAGCCCUCAGCCUCGGGGUUAUGUGAUUGAGUGGGGCCUGGGUCCCCCCAGCCCCAGCGGCAGCAAUAAGAGCUGGAAGAUGGAGCAUAACGGAAGCAUUUCUGGGAUGCUGCUGCAGGAGAACAUCAGGCCCUUUCAGCUCUACGAGAUCACUGUGACCCCCCUCUACCAUGACACCGUGGGACCCUCCCAGCACAUCUAUGCCUACUCCCAAGAGAUGGCCCCCUCCCACGCCCCAGAGCUGCAUCUAAAGCACAUUGGCAAGACCUGGGCCCAGCUGGAGUGGGUGCCCCAGGCCCCUGAGCUGGGGAAGAGCCCCCUUACCCACUACACCAUCUUCUGGACCAAUGCUCAAGACCAGUCCUUCUCCACUGUCCUGAAUGCCUCCUCCCAUGGCUUGGUCCUCCACGGCUUGGAGCCUGCCAGCUUGUACCAUGUCCACCUCAUGGCUACCAGCAAGGUCGGGGCCGCCAACAGUACGAGCCUUACCCUGAUGACCUUGGCCCUAGAGGAGUCUGAGCUGCAUGUCCUCCUGGGCCUGUUUGGCUUCCUCCUCUUAUUCACCUGCCUCUGUGGGGCCGCCCGGUUCUGCUGCAAACCCAGCAGGAAGAAUCCCCUCUGGCCAAGUGUCCCAGACCCGGCCCACAGCAGCCUGGGCUCCUGGGUGCCGACCAUCAUGGUGGAGGAGACCUUCCAGCUGCCCAGCCUUCGGGACCCCGGCAUGCCACCCAUCACCAAGAUCACGGUGCUGGAAGAAGAAGAGAAGAAGCCAGGGCCCUGGGAGUCCAAUGACAGCUCAGGGACCUGUGGCCUCCCCACCCUGGUCCAGGCCUAUGUGCUCCAAGGGGACCCAAGAGCACCUUCCAACCAGCCCCGGCCCCCAUCUAUCACCAGUGACCAGGUCCUUUACGGGAAGGUGCUGGGCAGCCCCACAGACCCAGGUCCAGGGCAUUACCUCCGCUGUGACUCUACUCAGCCCCUCUUAGGGAGCCUUAGUCCCAGCCCCAAGUUUUAUGAGAACCUCUGGUUCCAGACCACCCCCCUUGGAAGCCCAGAGCCCCUCGUCCCCAACCAGGAGGAUGACUGUGUCUUCGGGCCACUGCUUGACUUCCCCCUCCUACAAGGGCUCCAGGUCCAUGGGGUAGAGGGGCUGGGGGGCGUCUAGCGUUCCCCACCUGGGCCUGCCUCUUGAAAGGCCUGGGCCGUCCAGAGGAGAGGAGAGUGUAAGUCCAUCAUGAAAAAAUCACGUAGCUCCAGAAGGGCAGAAAGGCUACCAGGAUCUCUCUAUCUCUGGUCCUCAGCACCCUUCCUCAAUCUCCCCAGACCCCACUGGGCCUCUCACUUUAGUGGCCAGAGAAUGUUUUGUUCAACACUGCCCACUAACCUCUUGUGCUUAUUUCCUAUAAUUUCAGUCUCUUAAACUGGUUCAUGGUUUGGUUUGGUUUGGUUUGAUUCUGAGAAACUCUUGAGUGUGCCUACGCUUCUGUUCCUUGUCUUUUCAGGGCCUAGCAGUGAUGGGGGUACUUAUCAGAAGUAUUCAUUUGUGUACUCCUUCCUUCGCUCAUUCAUUCUAUCAGCCCUUACUUAGCAUGGAGGCCCUGCGCUGGAAGCAGGGACUCAAAAAAUGAUUUGGUUCAGUCCACCCACAAAGGGCUCCCAUUCUAGUAGUAGAGACUUGAAGACAUUAGGGCAUAGUGGCCAGGGUUGAAGGGAGUCACAAAGGGCUGUGGGACAUGGGGAAUAGAUCUCAGAAAAGACUAAGCCCUGUUGGAGUAGAUAUAAUUAAAAACAAAAUCUGCGGAGAUGCCUGGCUGGCUCAGUGGAUGGAGCGUGCUACUCUCAAUCUCAGGGUUGUGAGUUCAUGUCCCAUGUUGGGUGUAGAGAUUGCUUAAAAAAUAAAAUAAUAAAAACCACAAAAUCUCCUGCCAACCUACAAAACCACUCCAUGAGGGUAGAAGAGGACAAAAUCAGUUUUAUUACUGAAUGAACGUUAAACCAGAACGUGAUCUGCAUCACCAGCAGAUCCUCUAAAGAGCUUGAAAAGACAGAAAGAAAUCUUACCCUUGUAUAUAGCCAAGUGGAUACAGGUGCAUGGCACCAUCUGUCACACAGAGUUCAUCCUAAAUUCACCUGGUAAAUGGGGUAGCCACCCAUGUUUGCUAAUUGCCUUUAUCCCAGAGAAAACGAAAUUUCUCGUAUCUUUAUGAGAAGAGGCAGGUUGGCAAUUUAGAGCCCGGCAGAAACCGGGAGACAGAGGCACUGUCUUCCUUAACGACUGCAUUUCAAGAGAUGAUGCCUAGAUCCCUGAGAAGAACAUUUCUGUGCUGUAAAACUGGCAAGAGGCUUAUUCAGUUUUUGGAAAGAUGUACAUAGGUCUCAAAAGGAUAGAGAAAGAAUUCACAAUUACAACUCUUCAAAAGUCAGUGCUUACGAAAAGUGAAGGGGAGGAGAGCUUUUUCCUUUUUUGCACCAAGGGAGAAUUAAAAUGUUAUUUUUAU